AACGUAUUUCUGGUAUCUAAGCUGAACACCGAUUGUGCAAGGAUUUGAUUUAUUGACGAAAGAUAACAAUGGUAUCUAUAAAAUAAAUAAAAAAGAAUCACAGAAAUCAUACAUAAUUGCAAUGAUGCUCAAUCCUCGAAUUUUCUUCGCAUAUCUGUUAUUCUCAUUUCAAAUCUCUUAUGAAUGGAAAAUCAAUUUAUGUUAUCGACAUUUUGUGGCAUGGAACCGCAACGUGAACGUUGACUAGUUCGUUCGUGUCCCCAUAUUUUCCAUGUCCACAGAGGGCGUAUCACGUUCGAGUCCGUUCGAGGGAGCACCGUGAAACCGGAGCGGAGCCGUGUCGUUUUCGAUCUUCUCUCCGGUAGACGGGUAGACCAGCGUGAGUGAGUAGUUAAACUCGAGGAGCGGAAGACUUUUUCCCGGUUGCUCCGGAGUCCCGUCAGCAUUAGUUUUCGGUUAACCCGGCUACUCCGUUCCCUUCCUCCUGUCCACCCGCACCCGUCGCGAAACGAUGCGACGAAUUUAAAGAGGGAGACAAGUAUAAUGUAGCGAAUUCGUCAGUGGUUAUUCGUUGAAUAUUGGUCGAUUCUCUCGCAGCGCAAGAUCGUAUAUAAAAUAUCGCUGACACUCUUUUUUUCCCCCUUGCAGAAUCCGGGGUGUGUACGCGCGCGCGCGCGAGUGUGUGCGUGCUUUACUCGAUCGCGGCCAUUCAGCAAUUUCGCGAUCUCGCCGUGUGUGAUUACCUAUAUUAAUUUUUUUUUUUUACGGCUGAGAGUGAUAUGUCCGUCGCGCGCGCCCGAACGCGUGGUGUACACCUUCAACGGCGCGGACGACGUUCGACGAUCGUGAAGGAACGACCCCGUUAGCGACAGGGCGAAAGAGAGUGGAGGGCGACGUCGGGUGGCGACGACGACGGCGGCGGUGGUGGUGGUGGCAGCGGCGGCGACGGCGGCGGUGGCGGCACGAGGGGGGGAAGCCUUCCGCCCCCUACGCGAGCCAGACGCCGGUAAUGAGUGUUUACGCCGCGAGCACGCCGACAGCGAGCACCGCGUUAUCGCCGGUGAUUAACGCGACCGGAGCAACGGCGUCGGCGGCGACGAAGCCGACGACGGCCACGACGACGACGACGACGACGACAACAUCGCCGACAGCAACGAGGACGACGACGACGACGACGAAAGCUACGGAGAUUACGUCAACGUCAACGUCAACGUCGACGACGACGACGACGACGACAACAACGACGUCAGCGGUGGUGGCGGUGACGGCAACGGCAACGGCAAACGGUGCGGCGACGGCACCGGUUACGACGACGGCCACGUCGUCCACGGCGACCGCCGCGUCGCCGGAAGCAGCGACCGGCUGGAUCGAGUUCUGCGAGAGACACGCCCGCGCCUCGGCCGCCGAUUUUGCCAAGGCGUUCUGCGCCUACGUUAGCCUGAACCUACCCGAGAGCGCCCGCGCAAAUCUCUCGCAUCGCGACUUCCUACGCAAGUUCGUUGAAAGCUUCUGCGAGCACUUCGAGAGCGAGUAUCUGCGCCAGAACGUGAGAUCGUUAUCAUUGCACGAUACUAGGAGCAUAAUAUCCAAUGAAAGAGAAAUAAAUCUUGUGAGCCAAAAUACCAAUGCACCGGUUCGCGCAUCCUCGCAUGAGGAAUUCAGUGAUUAUUCCGAACAUGAGGGAGAGGCAGUGUCGCCGAAACCUGCUCACAAACCCUUCUUCCGCAGAUUGUCCUUUAAAGGACUUAAAAAGGGUAAGAGUUUCUUCCAUAAGCAGCAGAGUGAUGAGGUCGAGCUGUCCCACAGCGAGCACCGCAAGGACAAACACUCCAAGGCUAAGCUGUCAAAGAUCGUGGUGGAGUGUCGUAAGGAGGGAAUCGUCAAUUCCUUGAUGGGGGAGAACAUAGACGGGACGCAGAAAUGGGAGAAGUCACGGCUGGCAUUGAUAAAGGCCAUCGGCGGCUACAUGCUGGAGUUUUACUCCCCGCCGAAAGCCGUGAAACCACGAAGUGGCGUCUUCUGCUCGGCGAUAACGGAGGCGCGGGAGACCACGGCGCUCGAGAUGCCGGACCAUGAGAACACAUUCGUUUUGAAAACUCAAAACAUGGAGUUUGUCAUUGAGGCGCACGACUCGAACGACAUGAAAUCGUGGCUGGCGACGAUCAGAUAUUGCAUGCGAACGGUGCAGCAGAGCUCGAGUGCUCCUGGCUCCGGACCGGGUGACUCCUUAGGGGAUUCUCUGGGUCACGGUUCGCUGGCUAUCGGAUCCGACAGUGAUCGAUUACGAGCCAACUCGGCGAGUAAGAGCUUUCGAUCCGCUAGUCACGAACACGGCGACGAUUCACAGGGCAAUCCGCCGGAAUUACCUCCGAGACUUCAUAUGCGCAGCAGUAGUAAUCUAGAAUUAUGUUCCUCUCAGCAAGAAAUCGAGCAAAUGUCUGCUAAUGAAGGCGAGCUGGAUUUGUCGAGUAGCUUACGAGAGUACCCGUGGUUUCACGGCACUCUUCCUCGUUCGGAUGCCGCGCAGCUUGUAUUGCAUAGUGCAGCUAAUGGUCACGGUGUAUUCUUGGUUCGGCAAAGCGAGACUAGAAAAGGCGAAUUUGUAUUAACUUUUAAUUUCCAAGGAAGAGCAAAACAUUUACGGAUGACGCUAAAUGAUCAAGGUCAUUGCCGAGUCCAACAUCUAUGCUUUCCUGCGAUAUAUGAUAUGCUCGAACACUUUCGCCAGAAUGCGAUUCCCCUCGAGUCUGGCGGAACUGCGGAUGUUACUUUAACAGAAUAUGUAGUGGCGACGAAUCACGCAACGCGAACGGGACACCAUAACGUGGCGAGUAGCUCGAAUGUGCAACAGUCGCAAGAAAGGAGACCUCCGCCAGCUCUGGAGCCCAGAGAAGUACGCACUUAUGGUGGUUCUAUAAGAACGCGUGUGGAAUCGUUGGAGAGACUAGAGCAACAGAAUACCAUUGCGGAACAACAGGGCUCGUCCACAGGCAGAGCGGUUCAGAAUACUUAUAGUUUUCUCUGACGCUGGAUUCACGCUAAUCCGCCAUCAGGCUACAAUCCAGUCAGUCCGACGGACUGAACGAUACGAUGAAGUAACCGCAGUUUUUUGUCUAUAAAGAAUCACGUCACGCCAUAAGUCACUGUUUGCGACAGAAAGCACAUCUCUUUACUAGUACAAAAGAAUUGCAUUUUUCUUUUUUGAAAUAACCAUCUUCCAAUCAUUGACUCUUGCGUUCAGCAUUCGAUAUUAUACUUUUAUGAUUUAUCAGCAACAUGUUUGCGCAUCGCAUUUACAUCGAAUAAUAAGAAAUAGAAUAGACUACCAACAAAACGAGUCUUAGUUGGCAAUAAUAUCAUUUCAUAACGUUGUGCUCAAUUGAUUUCUACUCCUAAUAACGCUACAGCCUCCCUUUCACAAGUUUUGCAUGUAUCUGUAACUCGUCUUUUCAUCGAGACCAAACUAAUAGUCUCCUAUAUUUUUAUUAAAAGAAUGAAUAUAUUUUAAUGAAAGGUCCUUCCCCCCUCUCCGAGUCUCGUUACACAUUGCUUAAGUAAUAUACGUAAUAUUAUGCAUAAAAACAUAUGUAUGUAAUUGCGGAAUGAUAGUCUCCGAAAUUGCGCGACUACCAGUAUGCAAUCCCCCUUCCCUCUCUCCCCAUCACGUCUUCGGAUCAUUCCGAAGCUUGACAAGUGCGCCAAAGCUAAAGCUAAAAUACUAUUAAAUCCCGCUUCGUCUCACGAGUACAAUUUGUUAUACGAAAUUGCAUUACAGCCGCAUUGUCACUAAUCCUGAUGCUUCGUAGGGCAAAUAAAUGUAAGGCGUGCCCUAUAGCCAUCGAUAAGCAUAAAAUAAACUGCGAUAUUUAUAAAUGAAUAAUCCCUAGUCCUCGUUAAUGUAAAGCUCAGUGUAUAAAUUUUCCCAUUUGUCAGAUGAAUGACACGAAGGAAAAGAGAGAGGAGAAUACAACUGUGUUAUUGUGUGGAAUGUAAACGGAAA